CUCUAUUUAUGUUUCUCUCACAAACACACACAAAUCAGAACAACUCACAGAUAUACGCACAGAUACAGUAGUAGUUCUAGUUAUUUGUUUGGGAGGAGGAGGAGCAGUUGUUGUUGUUUUGCUCUGCAGCAGCAUAAAUAUAAAAAGAAAAUCAGAAAAAAAAGAAAAAAAGAAAGUAAAAAAGAAUUAAUAAAGAAGUCAAGAAAGGAUGGCCCUCGGUUCAUGGUAUAAAAUCAGAAAUAGAAGUAGUAGUCUUCCCCACGAGGCAGGCUCCCUUCCGAUUCAGAUAUUGGUUAAUAAUAAUAAGUCGUCUGCUGUUGUCACGACGAGCCAAUCGUGGGUCAACGUAGUGAGGCCGUGUCUUGGUAUCUCCUCGACAUUAUCGUUGUCUUCCGUUGUAUGCAGGAAUAGAAAGAGUUAAUUUUGGGGGUUGGGGUUGGGGUUCGGAUCAGGAUUCACAAGUAGUAGUACUGGGGGAGUGGUGGUGUUGAGGAGGAGGAGGAGGAGGAGGAGGAGGUUGAGAUUGAGGUUGAUGAUGGAGGCUCCACAUCAUGAUACAGUGGAUGGAUCUUCUUCAUAUUCUAAUAGCAAUAGCAAUAGCAAUACUGCUGCUAGUCCUCUAAAGAAAACUAGGAGGAUAGCGGAUCAGCAGCUUCGACAUAUGGAUUCGAUAGCGAGUAUGCCUUCGGGAGCAGGGAAGAUACCCAGAUUGAAUGCUGUCAUACUUGGAGAGGCACUUGCCUCCGAGGAUGAUGAUCUCGUCUUCCCCAGCGAUCACUUCUCCACCCAGGCUCUCAUCCCCUCUCCCCAGAAGUAUUUAGAGAUGUAUACAAGGUCAAUUGAGGACCCUGCUGGGUUUUGGUCGGAUAUUGCAUCGGAGUUCUACUGGAAACAGCAAUGGGGCCAAGAGAUCUACUCGGAGAAUCUCGAUAUCAGAAAAGGGAACAUCAAGAUCGAGUGGUUCAAGGGUGGUAUCACCAACAUUUGCUACAACUGCUUAGACAGGAAUGUAGAAUCCGGAAUGGGUGACAAAAUUGCCUUUUACUGGGAAGGAAAUGAGACUGAUCUUGAUGACAGUUUAACUUACAGGCAGUUGCUGGAGAGAGUUUGCCAGCUUGCAAAUUACCUGAAACAUAUUGGUGUUAGAAAGGGUGAUGCUGUCGUGAUUUAUUUACCAAUGCUUAUGGAAUUGCCGAUCGCAAUGCUAGCUUGUGCUCGCAUUGGUGCUGUGCACUCGGUUGUUUUUGCCGGAUUCUCUGCAGAGUCUCUUGCCCAAAGGAUCAUAGAUUGCAAACCAAAGGUUGUGAUAACUUGCAAUGCUGUUAGGAGGGGGCCGAAGGUCAUCUAUCUCAAAGAUAUAGUUGAUGCUGCCUUCAUAGAAUCAACCCAAAAUGGAAUCUCUGUAGAUGCAUGCUUGAUCUAUGAAAAUCAAUCAGCCAUGAAGAGGGAAGCUACCAAAUGGCAUGACGGAAGAGAUAUCUGGUGGCAGGAUGUUGUUCCUAAGUACCCAACUACAUGUGCUGUUGAGUGGGUUGAUGCAGAGGAUUCACUUUUUCUCCUGUAUACUAGUGGCAGCACUGGAAAGCCUAAGGGUGUUCUGCAUACAACUGGGGGAUACAUGAUAUACACUGCAACAACAUUCAAGUAUGCAUUUGACUACAAGCCAUCAGACAUAUACUGGUGUACAGCUGACUGUGGUUGGAUUACUGGGCACAGCUACGUUACUUAUGGGCCUCUGCUUAAUGGAGCAACAGUUGUAGUAUUUGAAGGGGCUCCAAAUUAUCCAGAUUCUGGACGAUGUUGGGACAUUGUUGACAAAUACAAGGUGACAAUAUUUUAUACUGCCCCUACACUGGUGCGCUCUCUGAUGCGUGAUGGAGAUGAGUAUGUCACCCGCUAUUCACGAAAAUCCUUACGAGUACUCGGUAGUGUAGGCGAGCCUAUAAAUCCCAGUGCAUGGAGGUGGUUUUUCAAUAUAGUUGGAGAUUCAAGAUGCCCCAUAUCUGACACUUGGUGGCAAACAGAGACAGGUGGCUUUAUGAUUACUCCUUUACCUGGAUAUGUAAUAUGGGAUAAGGAUGGGUACCACUGGCUUACCGGAAGAGUUGAUGAUGUCAUCAAUGUCAGUGGACAUCGUAUUGGCACAGCAGAAGUGGAAUCUGCUCUAGUUUCACAUCCCCAUUGUGCUGAAGCCGCUGUUGUUGGUGUUGAGCAUGAGGUUAAAGGACAGGGCAUUUAUGCAUUUGUUACUCUGAUCGAGGGGGUUGAUUAUAGCGAGGAACUCCGAAAAAGUCUUAAGCUCACUGUGAGAAACCAGAUUGGAGCAUUUGCAGCUCCGGACAGAAUCCAUUGGGCACCUGGUCUUCCAAAGACAAGAAGUGGAAAGAUAAUGAGGAGAAUUCUGAGGAAAAUAGCUGCUAGGCAGUUGGAUGAGCUUGGGGACACAAGCACGCUUGCAGAUCCGAAUGUGGUUGAAAAGCUUAUUGAACUUGCUGAUCAUUGAAACUUCCCAAAUUUUGAGUGCAGACAAAAGUAGUUUUUACCCAUCAACUAUGAUCGUUUAGUUCUGCACAUGUAAAAAAUCCAGUCGGCCAACGCAAUAAAUACUUGGUGUAUUUUCCAGCUCCCUUUUAAACUCGAGAUAAUAAUGCACGCAGGUUCACAUUUGCAAACACCAGUAUAUAUAUAUAUAUAUAUAUAUCCAUGCAUAGUUAUGCUGUUAGAAUUCGUUCUAUAUAUAUAUAUAUAUAUUUGGUGUCGUGUUAGAAUACUUGGAUCCUCUUGUCAUUCCCUCUCUGUAACACGUUAGCAAAUGAUAUUCAAUGACCCAAAUAAGAUUAAA